AUGUGUAACCAUCAAAAGUAUAUAAUUUUAUAUUUUAUUUUAGCAAAUAUUUUAGAUCCAUUUUGUUUUAAAAAUCCUCAAUGACAAAAUAAAAUUAUAUUAUUUUUUUUUUAUUUUUAAGUCAAACUUCGAAAUUAAAAGAGAAUGAUUUAAUAAUUGAUAAUUUCUGCAAGGACUUGAAAAAACUCAAUAAAAAAAGUCAUCUAAUAUUUUUUGUAUUAUUUAUACAGCAACCUUAUCCUUAUGAUGAUGAAAGUUUACAUUUUCUUGUAGCAUUGCAUGAAUAAAAUACUUUUAUGGAAACUAAAUAAAACACCUAAUUAUUGCCAAUACUAAUAAGAAUUAUAAUUGAAAGUUGAAAUUAUGU